AUGGAGAGAAGGCAGGAAAGAGAUGGCGGUGAGGGGGUGGCAGGAUGGGAGCCAGGUGGCAGGGGGCUAAGGCUGAGGAGGGAGAUUGGCUUGUGGAGUGCUGUGUCCCUGACUGCUGGCUGUAUGGUCGGUUCUGGUAUCUUCAUGUCACCACAGGGGGUCUUGGUCUACAUAGGCAGCCCUGGGGCCAGUCUUGUGGUCUGGGCAGUCUGUGGUCUCCUGGCCAUGAUGGGUGCCCUGUGCUAUGCUGAGCUGGGUGCUCUGGUUCCCAAGUCUGGGGGGGAAUAUGCCUACAUCCUGCAAAUCUUUGGCUCCUUGCCAGCCUUCCUGGUUAUCUACACGUUUGUGCUGUUGGUCAGACCAGCCGCCAUCGCUGCCAUCUCUCUGAGCUUUGCUGAGUAUGCAGUGGCUCCGUUCUACCCUGGCUGCUCCUUGCUGCCGCAGGCUGUGCUCAAGGGUGUGGCAGCCAUCUGCAUCCUGUCGCUGAUGCUGGUCAACUGCAGGAGCUCGAGGCUGGCCACCAUGCUGACGAAUGUGUGCGCGGUCGCCAAAGUGUUCUCGUUGUUGGUCAUCGUGGGGGGUGGGGCUGUGGUGCUGGGCCAGGGCCGUGGCUACACGGAAGCCUUUCUGUUUGCCUUCCACAAUACCACGCAGCAGCCCGGGCGCAUCGGUAUGGCCUUCUACCAGGGACUGUGGUCCUUUGAUGGCUGGAAUAAUGUCAACUAUGUGAUGGAAGAGCUCAAGAAUCCGAAGCAAAACCUGGUGUGGGCGCUGCUGAUCGCCAUCCCUCUGGUCACCAGCCUCUACCUCCUGGUCAACAUCAGUUACCUGCUAGUGUUGUCAUCCAAUGAGAUCCUCUCCUCUAACGCUGUGGCCGUGAGCUGGGGGAACCAGGUGCUGGGAGCCUGGGCCUGGCUGGUACCCUUGGCUGUCGCACUCUCCACGUUUGGCUCCGUCAAUGGGAUAUUCUUCGGUGGAAGCCGUGUGUGCUAUGCGGCUGCAAGAGAAGGCCACCUGCCCCAGCUUCUGUCCAUGGUUCAUGUGCAUCGCCUCACACCAACUCCGGCCUUGAUGUUUACCACCGCAGUGGCUCUGGUCCUGGUCAUCCCGGGAAACUUCAGCACCAUUGUGAACUUCUUGAGCUUUCUUGGCUGGAUCACCUAUGGAACCACCAUUGGCUGUCUCUUGUACUUGCGGAUAAAGAACAAGAAUCUUCCUCGACCUUACAAGGUCCCCACCGUCAUCCCUGUCAUCAUGCUCCUUGCUUCCUUCUACCUGGUGCUCGCACCCAUCAUCGAGCGCCCCCAGACUGAGUUCCUGUACAUCUUCCUGUUCCUGCUCAGUGGCAUCCCGGUCUAUUUCCUGCUUGUCUACUUCCGAUGCCAGCCCAAGUGGUUGCAGAUGGCCACCCUGUAUCUCCAGCUGCUCCUGGAAGUUGCUCCAACCAUUAAAAAUGUGGACUAA